UUAUCUCUAAUUCAUACAGUGAACUUCAAAACUUUGAAAAAAAAUUAAAUGAUUCAGCACUAGUAACUACUACUUUCGAAGAUUUUAAGAAUGAGUACUCUGAAUUUGAUCAAUUCUUCUUCUUCUGCAUUAGUUUCUCGCACAUCACUCUCUUCUUCUGCUUCUAACUUCAACUACAACACCAAACUUACCACCAAUAGUAUUAUCCUGCCACUGCCUAACAGAAGAGCUACAUUCCCUGGAGGGAAAAUUAGAGCCGUUGGUUCAGUCACGGAGGCCGUUGAAUUAGAAGAGACUACCUCAACUGAAGAACCACCGUCGAUCGAUUUCGCAUUUGUUAACUCAGUUUUGCUACCUGAUGGAAGUCUGGAUAUACACACCCGUUCAGCUUGUGGAGGGCAGAAACUUAGAGAUAUAAUGUUGGAUACCAACAUUGAACUCUAUGGACCAAAUGCGAGACCUCUUCUAAACUGUGGAGGAGGAGGAACAUGUGGAACAUGCAUAGUUGAGGUUGUUCAAGGAAAGGAACUCUUGAGUCUCCGUACAGACAAAGAGAAGGAGAUUCUCUAUAAGAAGCCAAAGACAUGGAGACUUGCAUGUCAAACCACAGUCGGUAAACCGGACUCGAGAGGAGAGGUUGUCAUCCAACAGUUGCCCGAAUGGAAGGCACAUGAAUGGUCUUACGAAAGAUGAUUUUUAUUAUUAUACAAUUUGAAAUAUAAUCAAUUUCCUUAUCCUGUAUUUAACAAAUUGGCAUUCAUGAGUUGAAAAUGUUUGGUGAGCCUGUUCUUCUUUCCGCUAUGCAAGGUUAGUUGAAAGGAUCCACAACCUUUUGGUCAUGGAGCAACAAAAAUGGUUCCUUACUAUGUUGCAAAAGUUAUUGAUCCCAAUGCAACAACGGUUUUUAUAGAAU